AUGUGGCCUAUUAUAAUGCAGUUUCUGCGUUCCAACGCUACUUACAUAACACUCCCUGUGGCAGCGGUCGUCGGUAUCAUAGGCUACAACUUGGAAGGACUUUUGUCAGAUAGAUAUACACCUUACAAUAAACCAGUACAAGAUCAAAGAUUUGAAAGACUUGAAGAUGAGAUGUUGAAAGAUCCGACAAAUGUAGAGAAACUUAAAUACAAGGAGAAUGUGUUAGGAAGAAAUGUUUCACCUUCAUUGAGUAAAGACUAA